UGUGGAAAUCCGACUUUAAUAAAGUUUGCCAACGAGGGGGUCUCCUCCAUUAUUGCAGUGGAAACGAAGAGAGCUCGGCGAGGAAGAGCAAGAUGAGUCGGGUUCAGGACGAGAGAGACAGCUUCUGCAAGUUGAUCCUCCAAAGGGAACCUGUGCAACACCUGAGAAUUCCGCCAGAGUUUUCGAGGCUCUAUUAUCAUGAACUUCCUGAUGCAGUGAUCUUUAAGGGCCCAUCAGGCAACGAAUGGCCUGCCACGUUACAUAAGGACAUUGAUCUCGUGUACGUACGGGAUGAUGGAUGGCGGAAUUUUUUCAGAGACAACGAUCUAGGAAACGGUGAGUUCUUGACUUUCCAGUAUGAUGGGAAGAAUUGCUUCAAAGUGCAGGUUUUUGAUCCCACUGGAGUGGAGAGACUUAAUGUUGCCGGUGCUAAAAGCACGGGAACUAAGAAUCCUAGGGGGCGUAGACCAAGAGGCAGACCCCGAAAGCAUCCCAUUGGCUCCCGCAUUCUCCCUCUGUCAAAAUCUUCCAACUCUCAGGGCAAGCAUAAUCCUGAACUUGAGCAAAACAAGCUGGAGAAAAUCCAAGUGGAGGAAAGCCUGAGCAAGUUAAAUGAAGAAGAAAUGGACCUUCCUGAUGUUAGGAUGAGUUUGGAGCCCAACAAAAGCAAAAACAAAAACAAGGAAAGGCAGGUCAAAGCUGGAAAACUUGCUCCACGUUUCCUGGUUUGCAAAUCGAGAUUCCUCGGUCGCUCUUUAGAGAAGAAUGCUUCUAGUUCGGAGGAAAAUGCAAGGGUGGGAGCAGUAAAAAAGACUUUUACUUCGGAUUUUCCCUUCUUCAUGAGUUAUAUGAGAAGGUCCAUUGUGGAGAAAGAGAAAUGGCUGCCUGUUCCGCCAAAGUUUGCUAAAUAACAGUUCCCCUGGCAAAGGGCGAAAAUUAUCUUGCUGAAUGCGGAAGGUAAAACUUGGGAAGUCACCUGCCUUUGCAACUCGAAGAGACAUUACUUUUCUGGAGGGUGGCCAGCCUUUCUUCAUGACAAAGAGCUGAAGAUUGGAGAUGUGUGCAUCUUCGAGCUUCUCGACAAAAAGGAAGUCCGAACCCACAUUUACCGUUCGCCAGGAAAUUCGGCCAUCUGAAUGAAGAUGUGGCCAGUAACAUUACCAGCCUACUGUAUUCCCUGUGGUCUGUCUACAAUAGUAUAUUGUGAUAGUGUGCGACCUGGUAGUAGUUUUCUUAAUAUUCAUUGGUAGCUGAGUGGUAGUUGCUUCUACCAUUGACUAUGGAGUUAGUAACUUUCCAACCAAAAUCGAGUAUUUCUAUGGUCAUUAGACCAUAGAAAGAUCUUGCUGUUGCACUGCUAACUGGAAUCAUUGUACUCUCUUACGAUGUAGUUUUAAGCUGGUGAUGACCUGAACAUUAAUUUGGGUUUAUAAUUCUGGCAAGUUUUGAUCCCCUUCGGUUUGUAGUGGCAUAUGCGAUGCUUGACUAUGACUCAGGCUUCGGUGUUUAGUCUUAAUAUUCAUCCUGCUGACAAUUUUCUGGCUACCAGCAUACACCGGCCCGGGAAAGUCUUAUCUCCAGCUAGAUCGGCGCCAAGGUAGUUAAAAUUUCCGGCUAAACGGAUGCAUGGAUAAGUGCUUCCAGAUGAUAGACGGAUUUUUCUAUUGUGAUGCAUGACUUAGACUUAAAGUUUACACAAUUACAACUC